AUGAAGAUCUCUUUAUUAAGCACAGGUGUCACCUGGUUCCACGUAUCGAAAAACAAGGAGAUACAAAGGUCUAAAUUCACAUGGUUUGGCAGACUAAGGGUCUGGAAGAACGCUUUUGACUCGUCUGCAGACAAUUCAUUGAAUUUGGUGUUUUCGAAGCUGAUUGGAAAUUGCGAGUAUCGACUGUCCUCAUUGUAUGCUUCUUUAAGCAAAGCAAUGGAUUUGGACGUCAGGUAA